AAAGGAGCUAGUGUUGGCUCUUCCUUUCAACCGUGUCAAGUGCGGGGUGGGCAGUAUAUGUAAGGACACACGCAGCAUGCUGGACGUAUGAAAAAAUCAUUGCCAACCGGCCGAUGACACUUCAUAUCAUACAAGAUGGCAAUAGAAAAAGUCAUGAUACUAGGGAAUUGGGAACUAUGCCUUUCCAUCAUCAACGCCAUCUUCCCCCCACAAUACAGCAAGCCUGGUACUGCGGAAUAUCAAGUCACUGUACUCACAUAUCCUUCACAAACUCUCAGCCUGCCCCCUCAUGUCUCCCCUUCCGACGUCCAGCAUCAGAAGUCAGACUAUACGUCGACUUCACUACAAUCAGCCAUGACUGGACAAGAUCUUGUCAUAAGCACCAUGUCAGGCGGUGAUUCAGAUCAACAGAUUCGCAUUGUCGAUGCCGCCGUCGCGGCGGGUGUCAAACGCUUCAUUCCUGAUGAGUUCAGUCACGACAGCAUGAACGAGCACAUUCGAGGGCGCAUCCCAAAAUAUGCGGGACGAGCGAAAGUCAUUGCCCAUCUCCAAAAGAUACCCAAAGACCAUCCAGACUUUGAGUGGACUGCAAUCGCGACAGGAUACACGCUCGACACCCAGCUUAUCAGCGGCAACAUGGGUUUCGACAUGGAAUGGCAUAGUGCGACUAUUCACGGUACUGGCACUGAACCAUUCUCAGCCUCUAGUCUAGAAAGAGUAGGACAAAUCGUCGUUCGCACCAUACAACACUGGGACGAGAUCAAGAACCAGUAUACAUACGCUGCUGGUAUGAUAACAUCUGCCAACGAGGUUCUGAGAUCUGCUGAGAAAGCGACGGGUCACGAGUUCACCGUAGGGAACUACGACGUCCAAGAGUGUAUUGCCGAAGGUCAGAAGAGGAUUGAGAAGGGGUACCCCGAUUCUGGAAUGUUUCUACUUGAACGAAGUGUGCUGUACGACAAGACACUGGAAGCCUCGAGGCCUUUCAAAGACCGGAGCGCAAACAAUACAAUGGGACUUACCCCAGAGUCAGUUGAGGUUGUCGUAAGCACGGCUUACCACGACUUCAAACACCAUGGCAAACCCGGAUGCGGUUGUUCAUCGUAACACUUACAACCCAAAGUCUCGCGCCCAGCCUUCUCACUUAAAUUGCAUCGCAUAUCAUCUACCCCAGCACCCACCUCCUCCCCAAAUUGUAGUGCCUUCCCAAAGCGUGUCCCCUCUCCCCGCAUGAUCUCUCCUUCCCCACAUACCCCCCUUGCCCCCUUUCCUUCCUUGAACAGAAGUCUGGCAGUCCUUCAUACAGCACUCUCACCGAUCAAAGCUAUGUUGUGCAUAUGCCGGUUACGCCACGUCGUA